AUGCACAUUAUACGAUCAUCACACUCCAUACACGACUCAUAUAAUGAGAUUUCAAGAAAUUGACAACACCAGACUCACUCUCAGCCUAGCAUCCAGUGAUGAUGACGAUAUCCAUGCACAUGGUCUUCAUCAUCGUCAAGAAAAUAAGAGAUCAAAGCCUAAUUCCCAGAUGAUAUGGCAUAGCUAUCUCCCAUCUCGUUUCCUUGGAUCACUUCCUAUGGAACUGCAGCUUGGAUAUGGCAAGGAUAACAACAAUCGAAGCUCCGAUGUGAUGAUGAACAGUCAGGCUUCUCCGACAGGGCCAUCUCUUUUCCGCUUUCGUUCAAAGCGGGAAAAAGACGAAGUCAAAAUGGAGCGGCAGGAGAAGCCUGACUCAUCAAGGGAUGAGUACAUAGUGUUGCAAGAUGAAGAGUUUGGUACCAGGAAGAAACUUAAGUUGACCAAGGACCAGUCAGUCGUUCUAGAAGACAGCUUCAAAGAACACACCACUCUCAAUUCUGUAUUUCAUCAUCUUUUCAUCCUCAAUGAUUUUCUCGUGUUAUUUUAUACGAAGUAUUUUGAUUUCCUUAUGUUAUUAAACAGAGAGAAUUCCCUAAAUAAGACUAAAAGAAGGUGGAAUUGGAAAAACAAGACAUAUUGUUUUAAAUUCUCUAAAUAAGAUUAAUUAUUUGUAUUUGGACAAAAAUAGUCUUCAUUAGUGACUUAAUGCAACACAUGACUCUUGCGAUGAAUGUCACUAGCGACGCACCUCUGCUACAUGCCCAGGUAAGUUUGUUCUUCUUCAUAUUUUUCUUCUGCUUCUCUAUUAACUUCUUCUCAAGCUCUCAUGUUUUCUUCUUCUACAAAUUUUCUAUUUUCUUCUUCUUUUGGAUUUCCAUUUUUUGAUUAAUCUGAUUAAAUUAUUUUUAAAAGAUUCAUAUUGUUGUUCUCGUCACUGCAAUCUGAAAAAUGUCAUAAUUGAUGUUUAAUCCAACACUGUUUUAUAAUAAUGUCACUUUUAUGACAUUACAUUUGCCAAGAUGGCAGUUCAAAAAAGAGAAUGACAUCUCAUGACAUUUUCGAAAGAGUAAUAAUGUCAUUCUAAUGACAUUUCGAAACAAAAAUGAUAUAUUUAAAGUGUCAAUUUUUGAGUAACAAUGUCAGUUUCAUUUCAUACUGUCAUCUUGAUAAAUGUAAUGUCAUAAAAGUGACAUUUUUCUAAUUGCUUGUAAUUUUUGGCAUUCUGAGAUUCAAAAUUAAUCAAAAUUAAUAAACAAAUAAAUAAUUGAAAUGUAAAGAAGAAGAAAACGGAAGAGGAGGAGGAGGAGAAGAAGGAGGAGGCUUGGACGUCUUCAUUGCAAAUUGCUAUUGGUCUUCAUCACAGAUGACCUGGGCGUCUUCAUCGCAAAUUGUUGUUCAUCGCAGAUGGCCUGAUCAUCUGCAUCUUAUCACGGUUGGAGUCGAUAGCCAUUUGGGGUUUUAUUAAAUUAAGGGUAAAAAAAUAAUUGAAGUCCUAUUUAGGGAAUAAUAAACUUAAUAUUCUAUUGUGGAAUUUUAACCAUGUUUUAGUCAUCAUAUUUAGGACAAUUUCUUUAUUAAAUACUACAUAUAUCUUGUAUACUUCGUAUUUUUUACAAUCAAAUCCCUAAUCAUUAAUUCAAUAGUUUUCUUUAUUUUAUUAAUAAAAUAUAUUUUAAAUAUAAUUUUUUCCCAUGAAUUAGCAGAAUCGGCCAAUUUCAGUCAGAACUUCAUAAAUUUCAGCAGAAUCAGUCAAUUCAACCGAUUUUGAGAUUACCAAAAGGGCUCUUAGUUUAUAUUUUUUGCAACGAAAUCCCUAAUAAUUAAUUAAAUAUUUUGUGUAACAUACUUCCUGAUCGACUUUCCUUAUCAAUUUCCUAGAAACAAAAGCAUGACUUGGCGAGGAGGUUGUAUCUGCGUCCACGACAAGUCGAAGUCUGGUUCCAGAAUCGAAGAGCCAGGAUGAAAAUAAAAGAAACGGAAGAAGGCCAUGAGCUACUAAGAAACUGCUUUGAAGCACUUUCUAAUGAGAACAAAAGGUUGGAAAGGGAGGUGCAAGAGCUCAAAACAUCAGCACGCGACCAAACAACGCUGCCACCACCAUUUUAUAAGAUGGCCAUGCCCGUCGUUACUAUGUGCUCUUUUUGUGAGAGGUCUUAUGGAGGAGAUUCUAUUGCAUACAACUCGACGCAAUCUUCUCCUUGCAUGUACAGCUCUUCAUUGCAUCAAUCAGCUGUUUGCGAAACAGGAAAGAAAAGUAGCAAUAGUAAUAGUAGUAGUAGUUCAGAUACUCCGUUAUCCUUGACCCAUAAUUAAUUCAGAAAACGUAAACAUGUAGAUUAAUACAGGGAAAAAUUACCCAAAAUAGGACCAAAUGACACUUGGAAUUCCAAAAAUAGGACUAGUAUGUUUUUCUUCUCAUAAUAGGAGUUAUUACUGUGAUGUAUGAAAAAUACUACCAUGAUUGAAAAAUACUAUCAUUAAUUAUAAUAAAUAUUGUCAUGUUAAAUGUAAUG